AUGGCUGAACACCCGUCCUUCACUCUUUCUGCUCUCCUUUCCGCCGGCGGCGUCGCCGGCUACUUGAAGACGCGCUCCACGCCUUCUCUAGUGGCUGGUCUUGGACUGGGCGUUUCAUAUGCGUUCUCUGGCUACCUGCUCAAGCAAAACAAGGACUACGGCGCCGAGCUUGCCCUCGGAAACAGCCUGCUCCUGCUCGGCUCCGGAGUCGCGCGGAGCAUCAAAACAAAGGCAAAGGCGCCGGUUCCACUUGGACUUGCGGCUGCUGGUCUUCUGGCGUCCUUCUACUAUCAGAAGAAGGUCCGAGAGUUCCGCUACGGUGUUUAG